GUGGACUAGGCUUGGUGGGGUUCUAUAUCAUUCUAGAACAAAAUUCUUUUUUAUAAAAACUACUACUACUCGAGUACAGCCACUUUCUUCGGUCCAUGUCCCCGCCACAACAAAUUCUCCAAAUUUGAUCUUUUUAAUUUUAUCGAUCGUAUAAAAACAGUCCAAAACACGUCUCUACAAAAGAAAGAGAGAAAUUAAGAAAGAAAGAAAGAAGAGAGAAAUUCACUUCCUUCAACUUGUUCCGUUAAUCAAAAUCCUUCCGGUGUGUUUUGCCUCUUCUUUCUUGAGAGAUAAAGUUAUGGUCGUUUACUAUGUUUGGUGGAUUAUUGGCGAAGGAGGAGAAGAUCAGAGUAAUGGAAACUAAUUUCACCUUAUUCAUGCGAUCCAACCACGAUCUUGUUCAUUCUGGUGUUUUUCUCUCUGGGUUUUACUGCUGGGAUUGGGAAUUCCUCACCGCCCUUCUUCUCUUUAGUUGUUAAAUUUUCCGAUUUCUCCUCUCAUUUUUUCGUUUUUUCUUUUUGCCUCCCCUUAACUCAGUAAUUAACGAUUUACUCAAAUACAAUUUAACCGAAUUUUAUCAAUCAAUUAGUAGUUUCUUUUUAUUAGUAUCAUUUCUUCGGGUGUUUUUGGUCUCGGCAGCCGGGUUUUGGUGAAUUAAGGGUAGCGGCCGGGGCGGCGAAACGUAGAGAGAGAGAGAGAUGACGCAGAGGACGGUUCCGGCACCGUUUCUGACGAAGACGUAUCAGUUGGUGGAUGAUCCGGGGAGCGACGAUAUAAUAUCGUGGAAUGAAAGCGGUACGACUUUCGUGGUUUGGAAAACCGCGGAGUUUGCUAAGGACUUGCUGCCUAACUAUUUCAAGCACAAUAACUUCUCCAGCUUCGUUCGGCAGCUCAACACCUAUGGCUUCCGCAAAAUUGUUCCAGACAAAUGGGAAUUUGCCAACGAAAAUUUCAAGCGAGGGCACAAAGAGCUCCUCACAGAGAUCCGACGCAGGAAAACCAUUGCAACGGCCGCAAAUGGAAUGUCCAACGCUGCUGCCAAUCCCAGCUCCACCGAGAACUCCGGUGACGACCAGGGCUCCAGCUCAACAUCCUCCCCAGACUCGAAGAACCCAGGGUCGGUCGACACCCCUUCCGCGGAGCAGUUCGCGGACUUGUCCGGCGAGAACGAGAAGCUGAAAAAGGACAAUCAGAUGUUGAGUUCGGAGCUGGCACAGACCAAGAAACAGUGCGAUGAUCUCAUUGCAUUUCUGACCAAGUAUCUGAAAGUUGAACCGGACCAAAUCAACAGCAUCAUGACCCAACAAGGCAUAAAUUCCGGGUCUAGCCAGGGUGCGAUGGUCAGUACUGACGUCGGCUUAAACAGCCUUAUGGAUAAAGAUAACAAUACUAGUUAUGACGAUGAUGAUGACGAAAAUGAGAAUGGGAAGAGUUUGAAGUUGUUCGGGGUGACGUUAUCAAAAGGGAAGAACAAAAAGCGGGGUCGCGAGGAUGAGACUUUUGGUGAUGAUGGACAAAAGAAGGGAAUCAAGACCGUUGACUUUUGUGCUGCCCCAGUCUGGUUGAAACCCGCUUCCUAUUCCGGUGAAAGCAGCAAGGUUUGUAACUGAACCGGUUUUUUGUUGCUUUUUUCGGCUUCGACAAAGUUGAGGUCGAAGUCGAAGCUAUCAAAAACUGCGUUAACGAGACAAUGUAUCUUAGUAUAAGUAUAGGGUGAUAUGGUAAUAUAGAAGAACGCCGUUAGAUCCCCGUUAGUCCGCAAUCUUUAGAUUAGAUUGCGAGUUCAGACAUUAGAAUAAUGGGAUUUGGAGUAUUCAUAUUUGUUGUUGCGAACAAAUUUGUAAGAUUAUAACUUUGUUUAAGGAGGAGCUUGGAUCAGAGGCAAAAUGCCGUCUCCAGCUCGAGUCAUAAUAGAUGGAUGCUUAUAUAUUUGAGAAAUUAUUACAGUAGUAAUUAAUUACAUUUGGCCAACUUUAAGAUGUAGAGUACGUAUGGACAACAAUAAUCGUAGCAACAAUUUGUAGGGAUGGAUGUAAACAAAUAUUGUUAUCAAAGGUAAGCAAACCCAAGGUCCGGCUAUUAUUGGAUGGGUUAUACCAGGUAAACACGGGGUAAUGUACAAUGGAAAUAUGGAAUAUUUUCUCAUAUUUUCUGUUGAUUUAGAGGAUUGUUUGGAUUACUGGAUUUGUCCUAAGGUUUUGUUGAAUUUUUGUUGUCGGUUGAUGGAGGCCGAGGAUAAGAAAUUGGAUGCGAACGUUUAAAAUAUUGAAUUUCCUUUUGCAUAAUGUAAUGAGGUUUAAGGGAAGUAACCAAGUAGAGAGAAUUAAAAAUGUGGUAGUUUUUACUAAUUUCGUGUUUGGACAAAUCGUAAACCUUAAUCCGUGAUGAAACCAAACAUUUCCACAUCGGUUAUGGAUAUGAUUAUGUGCUUCGUGUUUAUUGAU